AUGGAUAACUGCCAGUAUCCUCACCCUGAGCGCAUCACAACGUGGGAAGACAAUAUGAAAAAGUGGCCAGAGAUACGUUCGGGCAAUAUAGUUUGUUACUUACUGGACACUGAAGCAUGCGAUCUCAGACAAGCGAAAGCAUACAAAAGUUCAGAUGCCUACAACUAUGUGAUCAGUGGCUGGGUAGGACAGCUCCUCAUGCACGAAAUCGACGGAGACCUGAUACUGUUGAAAGCCUGCGUACAAGGUUCGCAGUCAACAAAGAAGCUGAACAAUGCUUGGGUUUGUGCCAAGAAGGAUGGUGAAGUGGUCACAGCAGGCUGCACCUGCAUGGCUGGAGAGGCUAGGGUGUGCAGCCAUGUUGGCGCAUUGCUCUUUAAAGUUGAUAUGGCAGCGACUUUAGGCUACACCGGGCAUGCCUGCACCGAUGAAGCUGCCAGAUGGAAUCAAGGGACAAAGAAGAAUGUGGUGCCCGCUGCCCUCUCCAACAUUGACUUUAAGAUGGAGACAGGGGCAUCCACAGUCAACAGGAAAGCUCCCGAGGCAAAAAAGUAUCAUGCCUUUCGUGACGACAAGGAGCUAAACGAAUUCCUGACGACAGCUCCGUCCCAGGGUCUGUUCAGGGUGCCAGGAACGCUGUUCUAUGAAACUCUCACUGCUCCUGUCCAGGUGCCAGCCUGCCCCUCUGCACCCGACCCGCUGCCAAGCCACCAGGGCCACACCGAUGUAGACGACCUGCCAGAGAGCUGCCCACGCUGUAAUGUUUUUUACACAGACUUUGUGGUAUUGAGUAGUGCUGCGGUGGUACAGCUCGAAAGCCAAACAAGAGGCACGACAAAUGCCUUGUGGCACGAGUCAAGGAGGUUACGUGUCACAGCAUCUAACAUUAGAACAGUGCCAAAAAUGCCACAUACUCCCCAUGAGAGGGCAGUACUGUCGCUUACAAGCAGUACAUUUCGGGGGAACGCUGCAACCAGGCGUGGCCAGCAUUUCGAGCCAGUCGCACGUGCGCAGUUUGUGAGAGAGACCGGAUUAAGUGUUUCUCUAUGUGGAACAGUUGUCUGUGCAGAGCUGCCUUUUCUCUCUGCUACUCCCGACGGUAUUAUUGAGUCUUGUAAUGCCAUUUUAGAAAUUAAGUGUCCCGACACAAACGAUUGCAAAGCGCUGAUAGCACGAGGAGGCUACGAAGUGAAAGGUCAAGGCGACAAUUUUUUCUUGGACCCCGAGCACGACAAGGGGUUUUACAGUCAAGUGCAGUUCACGAUGCUAUGUGCUAAGAAGACACUCUGUUUUUUUUACGUAUGGUCACCCUGCUCUGUAGCAUCAUUCACAGUGAAUUUCAAUGAGAUGUUCAUCAUGCAAAACAUGGCUCGCCUGACGAAGUUUUUUUUUUCUUCAAUGUUGCCAUACCUCGAAGAGAAGUACAGGAAUGGUUCGCUCCAACUGUCCUCAGACUACAGGCGGUUGACACAAAUGUAAUGUAACAGCAUAUAUGCAUCCCAAUGUGUACUACCAUAUUUUCGGUACUAUAGUCCGCAUACUAUGCAUGUUUGCCCCAGUUUGUGGUGAAUGAAAAAAUUGACUUAUGAACUCGAAUAGCAUCUUUCUCAUUUGGCAACCAAAUCUGCGAGAGCUGCUUCACGCAAAGUAUUAAGUAUGUAUGUGCAAGUUCUUUUUUUUGUUGGGUCCAAUUAAUUUCUCGCUGCCUAAAAGUUGACUUUACUUGUAACACUGUGUUUUUUGUUGAAUGCCGUAUUAUUCCGAGAGAUGCCCUACCCCUUGUCUAGAAAUUGCACUGUUCAGUAUGGUGACCUGCACAGGAAUGGGGUAAGCUGCGGGGAGAGGUAGGGAGUAAUGUGUACUGGAAACUAGUUAUUGGUGGUUAAGUUGGUCUUUGCUGCAAUAAGAGGUUUCACAACCCAUUGAGUGAACAUAGCAUCAUGAAGGUCAGAAAUAGCUAGGUUCACCAACCCGACCACAAAUAAAAACUUGUUUAGAAGUCUGUAACUGGCCUUGCUUCGAC